AGGCUUGAUAGCAAUGAACGCUGUCAUCAACUUCUUUUCAUUUGCAAACAAUUUAAAUCGAGCAGUAUGCUGGAAAACAUCGCAAACCGUAACAAAUGCAAACAGGAAUACGAAACCAAAUGUCGCAUUAAAUGGUUACUGUUAUGGACCAUUCAACAGUAAAUAAAAAAUUACACCAACGGAAUUACGAAGUGGACUAUUCAGACACUAAAACAGAAGACGCAAACAUUCUCAGCAAGAAUGAUUCUACCAAAUACGUUUUGAAUUACCGUAUACCUUUGUUGAAGCGUGAUUAUAUUGUUACAAGAUCCCUCGGUAAUGGCAGUUUCUCUAAGGUCAAGCUACUGCGCAGUCUGACUAAUCACUCACGACAAUUUGCAGUGAAAAUCGUAAACCGUUCGAGAGCUCCACGAGACUUCUUAACUCGAUUUUUACCGAGAGAAUUGGAAUUUUGGCCCAGUCUUAAUCAUCCAAAUAUUAUAAAAUUUCACGAAACUUUUGAAGAAAUGCAUCUUGUAUAUAUGGUCCUUGAAUACGCCAGCCGUGGAGAUCUUUUAGCACACAUUCAGAAAUAUGGUUCUCUGCCGGAAGACAGAACAAAAAUACUUACACGACAGAUAUGCCAAGCGAUCCAUUACCUUCACAGUCAAAACAUUACUCAUCGUGAUCUCAAACUGGAAAACCUUUUACUUGAUGACCUUGGUAAUAUCAAGAUUACAGACUUUGGUUUCGCAAAACGUAAUUAUGUAGGAGAAUUAAGUCGAACAUUUUGUGGUUCCAAGUCAUACGCCGCUCCCGAAAUUCUACUUGGGAAACCUUACGAUCCCCGCAAAGCAGACACGUGGGCAAUAGGUACGAUCCUUUACAUUAUCAGUACAGGUAAAAUGCCGUUUGACGAAAACAAAAGCAUAAAAAGUAUUCUAGAAGAGCAACAGAAACUUGAUUUCCCUCUAUACAACUAUCGAAAACUGAGCAAUGAUUGUAAGGACCUUUUGAAAAAUUUAUUUACAUUUGAAUAUACUAAAAGACCGACUGUCUUAGAAGCACUUUCUUGUCAAUGGUUUAAAUAAGACUGAAAAACAAUAUCAUUAAACUCAUCUAAGAGAAUUAUAAUGGGAAUAAAUGGCAAAAAUAACGUGAUUAAAGAACUGAAUUAAUCGAAACAGUUAAGAAUAAAAAUAUCAAAUACAA